GUUGACAUGCAUCUCAGUUGCUCCUUGCAGACUUCCAGCCACAUAUCCAACGUCCAUGAGUUCUGCGAAUGCCCCCCGCAAGGUUUUCUUCACACGUAACUGGCCAUACGCAAUUGAUUUACUUCGCCAACGAAUUGGAAACUCCGCAGCGAUUGAGAUCGAUGCGUUCGCUUCGGAAGACACGUGCAUCCCGCGUGAGGAGCUGCUGCAGCGUGUAAAGGGAUGCUCAGGCAUCUUUUGCCUGUACACGGACACGAUCGAUGCUGAGCUGUUAGACGCUGCUGGGCCUUCGCUGCGUGUUGUGUCCACGACAUCUGUUGGCUUCAACCACAUCGACGUGGAGGCCUGCAAAGCCCGCAACAUCCGCGUCGGACACACUCCCGGAGUACUUGAUGUGGCUGUAGCCGAGACGGCUGUAGCUCUGACCUUCGCCACCAAGCGACGGCUGCUCGAAUGUGCGGCAAGCGCCAAGAACGGCGAGUGGGGAGUCUGGCAGCCCUUCCAGUACUGUGGCUCCGAUAUCACCGGCAGUACUGUCGGUGUGGUUGGACUUGGACGCAUCGGCGCCACGUAUGCUCGUAUGUUGAAAAAUGGUUUCUGCUGCAAGAUCCUCUACACAGGACCUCGUGAAAAGCCAGAGGUGGCCAAAUCGCUCGGUGGAGACCCCGGUUCAAUUGAGUACGUGGACAUGGAGACGCUGCUACGCGAAAGCGACAUUGUGAGUCUCCACCAACCACUAACCGAGGUGACUCGCGGUAGCAUCGGUGCUAAAGAGCUUGAGUUCAUGAAACCCAGCGCAGUGUUGAUCAACACCGGCAGAGGUGAGCUGGUGGACCAAGAUGCACUCGUGGAGGCGCUUCAGAACAAGGCGAUCGCGGCGGCCGGCUUAGACGCGACAACUCCAGAGCCGCUGCCUCCCUCACAUCCACUAUACUCGCUUGAAAACUGCAUCGUACUACCACACGUAGGGUCGGCCUCAACGAAGACCCGCCAGGUGAUGGCGAGAAUCGCCGUAGACAACGUACUGGCUGGUGUGACGGGCGAGGAGCUUCCGCAUGCGGUGUGCUAGAUGAAUAACGCUUACGAUGAGUUGUACCCGUUACAGGAAACAAUUAGUGCCUCGUCCACCAUUGUAGCAGAUUAAUUUUUUGCAGCCACUUCAAGAUGAACGAAUGCGUUGAAUACAGCUCGUCUGCCAAAC